GAGGAAGAAGACGCCGCCGACGGAGAAGAAAGAAGAAGACGUCGCCGACUUUGCCGACGAAGAACUCCGCCGCCGUCGCCGCCGAUAGUUGGAGGUAGAAGAAGACGCUGAGUGAAUGGGGAGACCGAAAAAGAACUCAAAGCCCAACAAUGAGGGAGAAGGAUCAUCAAAGCAGCCACCUGAUGUACAACAACAAGAGGAACAACCCGUGAGGAAGAAACCCAAAACUGUUGCACCAAAAUCUUCAGCGAAAUCUCGUGAAGCAGCUGGAUCAUCACAGCAGCCGCCGGAUGAACCACCACCAAAGGUUUGAUUUCUCACUUCGUUUCUCGAUUAGUUAUAUUGGCUAAAAAAAAUAAACUGAUGUGUCUGAUGUGUGGAUAUCAGUUCUGUUAAUGUGGAUACUUAACUGUUCGUUUUAGU